AUGGCAGUUGUCAACGAAGGCGCAUUGAAGAAAAUGCUCAAGGUAAGCAACGAUUCUACCAAACUAAAUGUGUUUGCUAACAUUGUUAGCCUUUCGGCUAGCUAAGCGCGCUAGCUAGUGGUAGCUAGCUCUAAAGAGCCUCUACAAAUAUUUGUCUAAUGUUAUAUAGCUACCAAAUAACUAGUGUUAGGAUUAGACAAUUAGAACAUAUUUAUAACGUGAUUUUUAACGUAUAAUGUUUGAUAAUUUAUGAUUAUAGUUAAUGUUAACGUUACCUAGCUAGUGUUUUCUAGCCAGAUAACUAACGUCAGCUAGCUGGCUAUUUACCUGGCUUAACCAAUCACUAGGCUGGAGACAUUACAUUUUUAACAACGCUUUUUUAAUGAUAAAAACUAGUUAAUUGCAUCCGCCGUGGAGCCCAGUUUCAUAAUAUUACCACACGUCCCAGCUGAUUGUCGUAGUUUUGAAGUAAUCACGAAAAAACAGACCUUAUUUAGGUAAUUUUUCACCCUGCUAGUUCCUAUUAGUUCUAUUGAACACCGUACGGACUCAUUUACAUUUAAACAUUUAGCAGACGCUCUUAUCCAGAGCGACUUUCAAAUAUACUCGCCUUCAGAACGUUCUACUCCCGGUAGUUAACGUCAACAACAACAAAAAAUUACUCAUCCCAUUGUUUUCUAUAGGUGAAAUAUAGGUAUUUCUGUCUAUUUCGCAAUGUGUAUAUUUAGAUUUUUUUCAAGUUGGACACCAUUUUAAUCAGGAGAAUCUCCUCUUUAUGUAAGUCUGGGCAGCGAGCUAGGUUGUCAUCGAUCACUAGACCAGAAAAAUUCAGAAGUUUUCAUUUUUUCCCCUACUUCCUCAUUACGCAGACAUACGCACAGUUGACACCAUCGAGGUGCAGAUGUUUACUUUCUACACGAGUUUUUUUUCUUUCAGUUUCGUCAUAAGAACAGAUUGCAUUGGUAAUAUGAAAAGUGAUACAUUUUUUGGUGCCAUUUUAGGCGAAAUGGAAUUCUAACCAAAGUUCCAGUCAAAAUAGGCUUGGCGAACGUUCGAUUCAAUUCAUUUGCUAUGGGCUCGCGCUAGUGUUCCAGUUUAGCCAACGUUCUAUUGCCGUUUUUCAGCCUUGGGUGAAUUUUGAGUCGUUCUAUUGUCCAGACUACAAUCACUGCCUUAAGACAUUGACAUUCAGCAACAUUAAAUCACUCAUAUUUCCACUGUUCAGCAAUACAAAUACAGGGACCUGACUGUUCGUGAGAUAACCAACGUCAUCUCCCAGUACAAGGACCUGAAGCCUGUUAUGGAUUCCUAUGGUAAGAACGAAAUUGGGGAGAAAAAUGGUUAAGAAAAAAAUAACGUGUACAGUACAUGGUUCACCGCAGUGUCCCAUAUCACAUAAAACGUGUUAUUGUAUGCUUGUCUGAUUUGUUUUAUUGAGUGGAUAUUUUCUGUCCUCAGUUUUCAAUGAUGGCUCCACUAGAACUCUGAUGAGCUUAACAGGAACAGUGCCAGUCAGCUACAGAGGUAGGCUAAGUUUGGUGGUAUAUCACUAUCGAUCUGACAAAAAAAGUAAUGACAAGGGUCGUGUUCAUAGGCACCAAACAGAGAGGGACUACCUGAACUUGUCCAAUAAGAAACACUAAUUUCCAUUGUCUGUUUCAAACAUUUUCUGUUGUGUGUCCUGAUUAACAAGACCCUAUUGUACCCGUUCUGAGAUUGUGUCAAUAUAGAAGUAUUUGCUAUUUGAGCAACUGUCUGUUUCACAAGGCCUUAUAUAUUUUCCUCCUCUCACCUCUUGUCCAUUAGGAAACAUAUAUAACAUCCCAGUGUGUCUAUGGCUGCUGGACACCUACCCCUACAACCCUCCCAUCUGUUUUGUGAAGCCCACCAGUGCCAUGAUGAUCAAGACGGGCAAACACAUUGACGCCAACGGCAAGAUCUACCUGCCCUAUCUGCACGAGUGGAAACAUGUUAGUAACAGCGUCGUCCCCAGUGUUGUAGUGUAGGCUAUAUUAUACCGUUUUUUUCAGAGUGUGAAAAACAAAUUAGACGCACAAUCUAUUACUCUUCAUUUAUUGCUGAACCAAUGUCUCUGUACCUAGUUUCCGAUGGAUCUCACACGGAUAAUAUGGAAUAGGGAAACAAAUUGAAUGUUGGACUGCUUUAAAGGGGAAAUAUACAGUUCAAACAAUAAAAAAUCCACCCCGCCACUGUUUUGGGAAAAAGCUGAGGGAUGGAGCUUGAGAAAUGUAACCACUCAAAUUCAUAGACCGAGCUCUGCAUGCAAGGACUGAACAUCCAUGAUAUCAAAAUUAUACUUUUAAACAUGUUUAGUGGCUAUACAGUAUUUGUUUACAAUUACAUUGGAAUAAAACUAGCUAGCAUAUUUUGGGUUCUGAUGGGGUUCGAUAGUUGAACUAAGGUCAGGGUAUAUCAUUCAUUUAAAAGUCCCAACAUUUUAUGUAACAAUCACAGAUUGCCCCUUUAACAGGGCUCCAGACUGCAGCCAUUUAGUCACAUUUUGAGACCCUUUGAAUUGGCUGUGCAAGUUAUAUUUUUAGUUAGGGCUGGGAAUUGCCUGCGACCUCCAGAUACGGUAUCACGAUACUUGGGUGCCGAUGUGUAUUGCGAUUCUCACGAUUCUAUAUGUAUUGCAAUUCGAUAUUGCGAUUUGAUGUUCCAGUAUGUCUGCUACAGAGAGACAAAGACCAUUAGAAAACUAGUUUUGAUCAGUCAGAGAAAUAAAAGUGCUGAAAACAUGUUGGCUCACUAUUUAAAACCGUAAAUACUCCGCUAACAUCAAGGCGGUGACCCGAUCCUGUAGGUUCAUGCUCUACAACAUUCGGAGAGUACGACCCUGCCUUACACAGGAAGCGGCACAGGUCCUAAUCCAGGCACUUGUCAUCUCCCGUCUGGAUUACUGCAACUCGCUGUUGGCUGGGCUCCCUGCCUGUGCCAUUAAACCCCUACAACUCAUCCAGAACGCUGCAGCCCGUCUGGUGUUCAACCUUCCCAAGUUCUCUCACGUCACCCCGCUCCUCCGCACACUCCACUGGCUUCCAGUUGAAGCUCGCAUCUGUUACAAGACCAUGGUGCUUGCCUACAGAGCUGUGAGGGGAAUGGCACCUCCUUACCUUCAGGCACUGAUCAGUCCCUACACCCAAACGAGGGCAUUGCGUUCUUCCACCUCUGGCCUGCUGGUCCCCCUACCUCUGCGGAAGCACAGUUCCUGCUUAGCCCAGUCAAAACUGUUCGCUGCUCUGGCACCCCAAUGGUGGAACAAGCUCCCUCACGACGCCAGGACAGCGGAGUCACUGACCACCUUCCGGAGACACUUGAAACCCUACCUCUUUAAGGAAUACCUGGGAUAGUAUAAAAGUAAUCCUUCUACCCCCCCCCCACAAAAAUAUAUAAAAAAAAUAAAUAAAAAAAGAAACUAAGAUAAAUAACAAAAAAUGAAAGAAGAACUAAAAACUAAAACAAUUGAUAAAAAAAUAAAUAAUAAUUGGUAAAGUGGUUGUCCCACUGGCUAUCAUAAGGUGAAUGCACCAAUUUGUAAGUCGCUCUGGAUAAGAGCGUCUGCUAAAUGACGUAAAUGUAUAUUAAAGAGAGGAGGGUCUCAGCGUUCUGUAGGUAAAACAUUUUUUUCUCAAAAUAUCUGAUAGGGCUUUGAAAUACGGAGCUCACAAAUUUGCGCAUCGGCCAUUGCGAGUGCACUAGGCCUCAUUGCAACGUUUUUUGGGGGACAUUACAUUUACUGUUAGAUUAAUACAUGGCCACUAGCAGUAGGAGUUAUAUUUAUAAAAAAAGAAACGUCCCUUUGUCAGGACCCUGUCUUUCAAAGAAAAUUCAUAAAAAUCAAAAUAUCUUCACAUAUCUUCAUUUUAAAGGGUUUAAGCACUGUUUCCCAUGCUUGUUCAAUGAACCAUAAACAAUUAAUGAACAUGCACCUGUGGAACGGUCGUUAAGACACUAACAGCUUACAGAUGGUAGGCAAUUAAUGUCACAGUUAUGAAAACUUAGGACACUUAAGAGGCCUUUCUACUGACUCUGAAAAACACCAAAAGAAAGAUGCCCAGGGUCCCUGCUCAUCUGCGUGAACGUGCCUUAAGCAUGCUGCAAGGAGGCAUGAGGACUGCAGAUGUGGCCAGGGCAAUAAAUUGCAAUUUCCGUACUGUGAGACGCCUAAGACAGCGCUACAGGGAGACAGGACGGACAGCUGAUCAUCCUCGCAGUGGCAGACCACGUGUAACAACACCUGCACAGGAUCGGUACAUCCGAACAUCACACCUGCGGGACAGGUACAGGAUGGCAACAACAACUGCCCGAGUUACAUCAGGGACGUACAAUCCCUCCAUCAGUGCUCAGACUGUCCGCAAUAGGCUGAGAGAGGCUGGAGGGCCUGUUGUAAGGCAUGACCUCACCAGACAUCACCGGCAACAACGUCACCUAUGGAUACAAACCCACCGUCGCUGGACCAGACAGGACUGGCAAAAAGUGCUCUUCACUGACAAGUCGCGGUUUUUUCUUACCAGGGGAGAUGGUCGGAUUCGCGUUUAUCGUAGAAGGAAUGUGCGUUACACUGAGGCCUGUACUCUGGAUCGAUUUGGAGGUGGAGGGUCUGUCAUGGUCUGGGGCGGUGUGUCACAGCAUCAUCGGACUGAGCUUGUUGUCAUUUCAGACAAUCUCAAUGCUGUGCGUUACAUGGAAGACAUCCUCCUCCCUCAUGUGGUACCCUUCCUGCAGGCUCAUCCUGACAUGACCCUCCAGCAUGACAAUGCCACCAGCCAUACUGCUCGUUCUGUGCGUGAUUUCCUUCAAGACAGGAAUGUCAGUGUUCUGCCAUGGCCAGCAAAGAGCCCGGAUCUCAAUCCCAUUGAGCACGUCUGGGACCUGUUGGAUCGGAGGGUGAGGGCUAGGGCCAUUCCCCCCAGAAAUGUCAGGGAACUUGCAGGUGCCUUGGUGGAAGGGUGGGGUAACAUCUCACAGCAAGAACUGGCAAAUCUGGUGCAGUCCACGAGGAGGAGAUGCACUGCAGUACUUAAUGCAGCUGGUGGCCACACCAGAUACUGACUGUUGCUUUUGAUUUAUUUUGACCCCCCCUUUGUUCAGGGACACAUUAUUCAAUUUCUGUUAGUAACAUGUCUGUGGAACUUGUUCAGUUUGUCUCAGUUGUUGAAUCUUAUGGUCAUACAAAUAUUUACACAUGUUAAGUUUGCUGAAAAUAAACGCAGUUGACAGUGAGAGGACGUUUCUUUAUGUUUUGAGUUUCCACUUCCUCAGGUGGUGAAAUAGUACCAAUUGAAUUAGGCCUGUACAUAAUAAUAGUGAACCUAAAGAUGAAGGCAAAUUUAAUCUCUUCUGUAGCCCUAUUUUGACAAUAACGUAUAACAAAAAUAGCCUAAUUGUCAACCCGAAAAUUCAUGACAAUCACUGGAUUAGGUUUGCAUAUAAAAAUAUUUGGAAUCUUGCAUUCCUGCUUGGACAUGUUAGAUCAAGGGCGUCAAACUCAUUCCAUUGAGGGCUUAGUAUCUGCGGGUGAGGGGAGUUCUUUACUAAUUAGUGACAUAAAUUCAUUAAUCAAGUACAAGGGAGGAGCGAAAAUCUGUAGACACUCGGCCCUCCGUGGAAUGAGUUUGACACGUGUGUUAAUGUAACGUAUUUCUUGCAUAUCAUGUCAGUAGUCUAUUACACUUCACAAUAGGGAUGCGAAUUUCGGUCAAUUUUGCUGCCGACUAACUGACCCUCAUUAACUGGUCAACAAACAGCAAACAUUUUUUCAAGCUUAGGCCCAAAAUAAGCCCAUAGAAAUGCAUUGGACUUAUUUUGGACAGAUUUUGGCGAGAGUGAAACCUUUCGCUUCACCUCUUCCUCUCUGAUACUAUGCAUGCAUACAAGGACUGGACAUUUUUCAUUUAAGAGCUUAAUGGAAACAUGCAACAAUAGCAAGCCUAUUGUCUUACAGUCAAAAGGCUAUAGCAUAUUAUACAACGGGUGGGUGUAAUCCUGGAUGCUGAUUGGUUUAAACCGCAAGUUACCACCGGCUAAUCCACAAGUUACCACCGGCUAAAGCUAUGACGUUGAAAUGCCUAUUUACUCUAUUCCACUGUCUCAUCAGCCCAACCAGGCAAUUUAUAAACUUGAUCUCCACUAUAAAAAGCAUCUAGACAUUCUCACAUUUCUUUUAGACUAACAUUUAGUUUUCAAUAGCAGAGAUUUGUAUAAACCUUGCGGUCUGUCUCUCCAACAUUUGCAACAUUGUUUCAAUAUUGCAAUUCGAUCUCCAGCUGUCCAUAGUAAUGAAUGUGGCGGGAGUCGGGAAUAGACAGACAGGCAGGCAGCGUUUCUCAGCCAGUCUAAAUCAUGAAUCAGCUAGCAUCAUUUUUAUUGAUGUAUACAAAGUAAUAUCAAUAGAAAACAGGUAAAUCAAAAUGAAAUGCAGCAAGUUUGCGGUCUUUCCAGCUUCAGUUUGAAGUGAAUGUGUUAGCUGUGUCGUUGGCUAGCUCCUCUGAACAACAGUGUCCUGACGAGAGAGCACAGUUUCUAUGCCUGGCGAAUCAUUAGAAACUCAUUAGCUAAUUGUUAUGAAUGGGUACCAACCUUAGAUUUGUGUCGGGACUAUAUCCCGUGGAAGGAUGAAAUAGUAUGAAUAAAUUCAUCAAAAUAACGUUUUUAAUGAAAAUAUGUCAAUCAUUAUUUCAAUAUGUUGGUAACCCGUUGUAUAAAAGUGAUAAUUCCCUCAAAGCUGGUGUUUGGAGGAUAUAUUGGCACGGUUUCUCCAAACACUGGCUUCGAGGGCAUUAUCACUUAGUUAUUGAACAUACAACUCUUGUAAUGAAGAAGCUAAUAAAAAGUAGUUUUCAAACAUUUGCCAAAAUGCAAUUAGUUGAAAACAACGUUUUAAACAGCGCAUCUAAUGCGAGCAAUUCCAUAUGUGACAGAGAUUAAAAUCUCCAUUAUACAUUUAGAAAGAGAAGGAAUCUAAUAGCAACUACUAUGAUGGGUUGCUAAUAUGACUAGGAUUGUGCCUUUGGCUUCUGGACAACAAAAUAAAGUUGAUAUGAAAACCAAUAGAAAAGGAGAGAAAUGCUGAUUAAUGGCAUGAGGAAGUCUUUAUAAAAUCAUUGCCUCCACAUUUCUAUGGAUUGAUUUUCGCAAGGCUACUUUGAAGCAAUUGGUAAGACAAACCUCAUUAUUUGAAGUAAAGUAAAAAGUUUAGGUUUCAAACAAUUAUACUGACUCAAGCUCUCAUUGCUAAGUGGUGGGUGACGCGCUGAUAGUCAACAGUAGUCAGGCUAUAGCCUAUGCAUCCGAAUGGGAGGCGCACUUUGAGUUGAGAUCGAGAAAUAAAAAUAGCUCCUUUUUAAUCGUGGCCACCAAAGUUUUUAACACGCGAUUGCGUUUAGAAUUAUUAUUUGUUGCGCAAUGACUGGGCUUACAAAAGCAGGUUUCCCCCCAGUUGACUAGAGGCUUUUUGAGGAGCUACUCUCGCGCUGUCUGACAGGUGGUUGGCAAUUCCGGUCCUCGAACUAGGCUCUGUAUGCUGUGUGUGAUAAAUCAAAUGCAUGAGGACUAACGAAAAUACACAUGCGCCAAUUUAAUUCCCCCAAAUUAUGCAAAUUAACCUAUAGAUCGAUAAGCAUGACCGGUCAAAUGUAUUUUCUCCUGCUAACCGAUUUAACGGUUAACAUCCUUACUUUUUAAUAAAGCAUUGCGAAUGACUUUCUAAGAUAAUGAGUCAAAUGUAUUCUACUGUGUGACACUGCAAAAAAAUGUUUGGGGGUGUCAUCAAAUCUAGGGCCCUAUUAAAUCUGCUAUGCAGAGAACACGGAUGGAGUCAUUUAAAACGGAAUUCAACAAUAUUCAAAAAUGUAUUGAACUUUGUAGGGAAUCAACUAAAUGUAUUGGAACAUUUAUUAAUUUGCCGAAGUUUAUCAUAAGAAAUGAACAGUGCAUCAGUGAGUUGUAUUUCCUGCAACUUUCUGAAGAAGCAAUGAGACUUCCCCCUGUCUAUGUGCGGUGCUAACGUCUAGCACUUUGUGUAGAUGGAAAGGUUUUCCCAAAAACCUCAAUUAAAUGUUGACUACUAAGUAGCAUAUGCUUACCUGGCAGAAUGAGAUCACAAAAACUCUGAUAAACAACAGCCUCUUGCUAGGUGCACACUGGAAUUAAACUAAACCCUACAAUCUAAAUUUCGAAAAUAAUUUCCCAGACUUCAAAAGUUGUCUCCCGAUGUGGUUUAAGCAUUGUUGUGGAUGUGGAACCUCCAACUUAGUUGUUUGUAAUAUUUUUUUAGAGUGAAAAACUAAAAAGACGGGGGGAAAUGGAAACCUGGAAAAACUUAAUGGAAUGUUGGUUUAAAAUAAAAAUAAAAACAAUUGUAUAGGGCCCUACAAAUCAUGGGCUGGUGCCAUCAACUGACAACAGUUAGUGGUACCAGUGCCACAUGUUAGCCCUGCUUUAACAACGUGAUGAGAUGAGCUCAUGUUAUCUGUAUGAGGUGAAGCCUAUCACAGUUGUCCAUCUCCAUUUGGACAAUAAAGUUCUGUUGAUUUUUCUCUCCCCAGCCCCAGUCCGACCUGUAUGGUCUGAUCCAGGUGAUGAUCGUGGUGUUUGGGGAGGAGCCCCCCGUGUUCUCCCGCCCCACCACACAGGCCCCCUACCAGGCCUUCCAGGCUGCCGGACCCCCCAAUCGUAAGUUACCUGUUCAGUAUUGCAUCGUUUUGUAUUCCAGAGCUAGCAUUCCUGAUUGAACUUGUCAACUAAUCAUCAAGCCUUUGACUAGUUGAAUCGGGUGUGCUAGUUCAGGCCACAAAACUGUGAAAUGUCUGGGGGUCUUCAAGGAAUGAUUUUAGGAACACUGCAGUAUGAAUAGCAUUAAUCAGUGCUGUACGGAUAGGUCGGUCAUUGUAAUAAUUUGAAUUUUGUCUCUGCGUAAACAUGAACUCUGUUUCUCCAUAUAAUACGUGAGACUUAGGGCGACAUUUUCGUAGUGCAAAAACAUUGUGUAAAGUACGAAAAUACCAUUAACGUCAUUAUAGUCUUGGCAUUGUGAUUUAAUUUCAAAAGUUUCUUCAACUGUGCAUUAUAAGCAAGCGAUUAUUUAACUAGAGUUUAAACUGAGAAAUACGUAGUCGCAUCUUUUAUAAAGAACAUUGUUAAAGAAAGGUUUCAAAUUAAAUCACGCCUCAAGAUUAUAAUGAGGUUUAUGGUCAUUUUUACGCUUUGUAAAAUGUUGCCCUGAAUCGUUCUUGCAAACACGUGCAGUUCCUCCUAUUGGACUCCAGAUGGCAUCCACGCACAUUGUGAAAGAUGGAAAGCUGAGAUGACAUGUUCAAUGUGUAACCUGACCCUCUAUUCACAGCAUCCUACAUGCCAGGUAUGCCAGUGGUCUCCCCGUAUGGACCAAACCCCAACCCUGGGUAAGAUGUCUGUCUGCAAGGCCACAAUUUCCUCUAAUAGUCUGCCUCUCACAGCCAGUCCCUCUCACUCUCAACGAACCAGUUCUGACAUGUUUGUCUUUGGGCUUACAUAAGCAACACAGCCACAUAGGCAUGUCUGUCUGGUUGAAUCAUCACACUCAAUAAACCAAUGACUGAAGCAGUUCCCUCUCUUUCAGUGCCCCAUAUAGUUCAAAAGAUGAAAUUAGAUUACAUUAAAUUAAGCUUUGAUUAACAGCAUAGCUGUGUUUUGAUGGCAGGAUGGCUGUUGGUUGAUGAUGCAGUGUUUGUUUUCUCUCCAGUGGCUAUCCGGGGUACCCAUACCCUAGUGCAAACUCGUAUCCUGCCACAGCUGGCACUACACACUACACUUCCCAGAUUCCUGCCUCCACUGUCGGUAUGUAUCACACAGCACUGCCUUCUGGAUCUUGUAGUUAA